CGGGCAGAACCCUCAGUUCGCAUCCUCCUCCUCCUCAGGUCUCUCCUCCUCCUCUCUAGCUCCUCGCCGUUCUCCGUCUGCCACAGCCGCGAGCCGCUUUUUUCGUUUUCUCCCCUCGUCGACGCGUGAACCUCUCAGACAGCCACCAUGGAGGCCAUCAAGAAGAAGAUGCAGAUGCUCAAGCUGGACAAGGAGAACGCCCUCGACAGGGCGGAGCAGGCCGAGGCCGACAAGAAGGCGUCGGAGGAGAAAUGCAAACAGCUGGAAGACGACCUGCAGUCUCUGCAGAAGAAGAUGAAGGGAACAGAAGAUGAGCUGGACAAAUACUCGGAGGCCCUGAAGGACGCUCAGGAGAAACUGGAUCUGUCGGAGAAGAAGGCCGCAGAUGCUGAGAGCGAUGUGGCGUCCCUCAACCGCAGGAUCCAACUGGUGGAGGAGGAGCUGGACCGGGCCCAGGAGAGGCUGGCCACGGCCCUGCAGAAGCUGGAGGAGGCCGAGAAGAUGGCGGACGAAAGCGAAAGAGGCAUGAAAGUGGUGGAGAACCGAGCCAUGAAAGACGAGGAGAAGAUGGAGAUCCAGGAGCUGCAACUCAAAGAGGCCAAACACAUUGCAGAGGAGUCCGACCGCAAAUACGAGGAGGUGGCUCGUAAGAUGGUGAUCCUUGAGAGCGACCUGGAGAGAGCAGAGGAGAGAGCGGAGGUGGCAGAACUGAAGUGUGGCGACCUGGAAGAAGAGCUGAAGAACGUCACCAACAACUUGAAGUCUCUGGAGGCCCAGUCCGACAAGUACUCGGAGAAGGAAGACAGGUAUGAGGAGGAAAUCAAGGUCCUGAAUGACAGACUUAAGGAGGCGGAAACCCGUGCAGAAUUCGCAGAAAGAUCAGUGGCCAAGCUGGAAAAGACCAUAGAUGACCUGGAAGAGAAUUUAUCGCAUGCAAAAGAGGAAAACGUAGGAAUGCACCAAGUCCUGGACCAAACACUGCAGGAGCUCAAUAGCUUGUAAACAUGCACAAGAAGCCGCAGUACUCAUGUCAAAGAUUCAGUAUAUCCUGCCAUUCUUUUUUAGCCUAACAACAACACAUCUAGUCAUUUUUAUAUAUUUAUGGUUCUUUGUUUUCUCCCCCUUUUUUUAUAAUGGUUUUUGGGUCCAUGAUAUUAAAUUUCGGUGCACAAAUAAACACAAAUAAAACCUGACAA